AUGGAUUCGCAGGUGGUUACAGUUGAUCAGUUUGCUGCUGCUAUGGCUUCGAUCCAGGAGGCCAUAACUAGCCUUGGUCAGAGGAUGGAUGGGCAGCAGGCCCAACAGGUUCCAGUUCAGGAGAGUGUGCAGUAUGAUCCCACUAUUUCGCCCCCUCUCCCGCCUAGUCAGAUAGCUCCACAGGACACUCAGAUGCCACCACCUCCCCCACUUGGUCAGACAGUUCCACAGCCUACACCAUUUACUUUACAGAGUCAGACUGAGGUUACCCCACCGCCUGCCAUGGUGGUUGUUCCGACCUCGGAGGAUACCCAUGCACGCAUGGAUAGGCUUGAGCAGAAGAUGAGACAGAUGAGAGUAUCAGAUGGAGGUAUGGGAUGGGAUGAUUUUGAUGGACUACCAGUGGCCAGUCUGCCGGCCAAGUUUAGGAUGCUAGAGAUCGAGCGAUACAUAGGCAUUGGAUGUCCGCGCAUUCAUUUGAGACUAUAUAGUACUGUUAUGAGGGCCCACGGCUUGGAUGAGGCUCAGAUGAUUAUGCUAUUCCCCAUGUCCUUGAGUGGGGCGGCCCAGCAUGUCUCACGGAGGGAGUUGGAGGCCUUGAGGCAGAGGCCCCAUGAGACAGUCACAUCAUUCAUCUCCCGUUGGAGGGAGAAGAUUGCCCAGAUCAUUGAUAGGCCAUCUGAGAGAGAUCAGAUCAGCAUGAUUAUGAAGAGCUUGCAGCCUCGAUUUGCUAGACAUUUGAUGGGGUUCCCACACGUGGACUUUGGAUCUUUGGUGCAGGCAUUAUAUGGUAUUGAGGAGGGUAUUACUAGAGGUUUGUGGCCUGAUUCUUCCCCUUCAGACUCGAAAGGGAAGAAACCCGCUAUUGGACAGAGACCAGGGGACGUCAGCGCCAUCAGCAUCGUCAUACCGAGGCCUAGAUAUUAUCAGACAGUUGGACAGACUUCUGGAGUUUAUUAUCCGCCAUCAUCCCAUGUGCAGUAUAGGUCACCAAUUCCUUUUAGACCUGUGUCUCCCACAUAUCUACACUCAGCUCCACAGCCAGUAUAUGCUACUCAGACCACACAGAGGCCACCUGCUCAUUAUCCUCAGCCUAGGGCUCCACCUGCACCGAGACCGAUGCGGCAGUUUUCCCAACUGGGAAUGUCUUUAAGUAGAGCUUUCCAGAAGCUCAUAGAGGGAGGAUUGUUGACUGCACUAGCACCGAGACCACCACCUCAGCCUUUGCCACCUCAGUUCAGGAUGGACCUUCACUGUGCUUACCAUCAGGGCCCAAGACAUGACACUGACCGUUGCUCUGCUUUGAGACAUGCUAUUCAGGACUUGAUAGAUCAGGGUCUGGUUAACUUGGGACAGCCAAGUGUGACCACGAACCCUUUACCUGCUCACACCACACAUUCGGUGCCUCCGCCUACUGGUGGAAUUCAUCACAUGGAUUUUGUUCAGGACGAUGUCAUACACAUGUUGAGUUGGGAUGAUGGAUUGCCUAAGAUGAUUAUUCCAGAUGAUAGCUAUGAGAUUGUAGGAGCUACAUCAGAUUCUUCGAUCCCUGCACCAUUCAGUUUGAUCCCGGAUAGAGCACCGUUACAGUUGAUUCCUUUUACACCAUCAUAUGUCGGGCAUAGGGACAUGUUUGCUCCGUUUAUUCUAUGGCCUGAGGAUGUUGAUGUACAGGUUAUGACCCGUAGUGGGAGGAUAGCCCAGGCUGCACCUCCGGUUACCAGACCAUUUGGUGGUACGGACUCUCGUGAGGAGGUCAGGAGGGAGGAUGAUGAGAUAUUGAGACAGUUGUAG